CUGUCUAGUUGGAUGUGCGUGAAUUGGGAAUAGUGAAUCAGGAGCGCAACUGGAUGACCUCACGAACCGCGUCCAUUUAUAUAUAUAUAAAUAUCUGAUAAAGAGAGCAACUGUGAAACAACUCAGCUUUUCACAUUUCGGAUCUGCGAAGGAAGUUCAUCUGCUGGAAGGAGAUCGACAUCUGCGCAGAAGACGACCAGAAGUUUUUGAGAUUUUUUUUUUUAAAGCUGGUUGUUCUUUCCAUCGCCAUGUCCUCCGGUGAUGUGACAGAGCAGUGUCGGCGGUUUUGCGUGUUGUCUUGGGAGCAGGUGCAACGUUUGGACUCUAUUCUCGGAGAGACGGUUCCAGUACACGGACGUGGAAACUUCCCGACGCUUUCGGUGCAGCCGCGACAGAUUGUUCAGGUGGUUCGAGCACGUUUGGAGGAGCGAGGGAUCACGGUUCGAGAUGUUAGGCUAAACGGUUCAGCUGCCAGUCACGUUCUGCACCAGGACACGGGCCUCGGAUACAAAGACUUGGACCUGAUAUUUGGUGUUUCACUGUCAGACGACCAGGCUUUCCGUGUGGUGAAGGAUGUGGUUCUCGACAGCCUGCUGGACUUCCUACCUGAAGGCGUCAGCAAAGAGCGAAUCUCAGCACUGACUCUGAAAGAGGCUUAUGUGCAGAAACUGGUGAAGGUGUGCAACGACACCGACCGCUGGAGCCUCAUCUCGCUUUCCAACAACACAGGCAAGAACGUCGAGCUCAAGUUUGUAGACUCUCUAAGACGGCAGUUUGAGUUCAGUGUGGACUCUUUCCAGAUAGUCUUGGACUCUCUUCUUCUGUUCGACCGUUGUUCGGAGACGCCCAUGUCGGAGUGUUUCCAUCCUACAGUUUUGGGCGAGAGCAUGUACGGGGACUUCGAGGAAGCUCUCGGCCAUCUGUGCAACAAGGCCAUCGCUACACGAAACCCUGAAGAAAUUCGCGGCGGCGGCCUCUUAAAAUACUGCCACCUUUUAGUGCGAGGAUUUCGUCCCACUUCCGAAUCGGAGAUGAAAUCGCUCCAGCGGUAUAUGUGCUCUCGGUUCUUCAUUGACUUUCCAGACAUCGGGGAGCAGCAGCGAAAACUGGAGGCGUACCUGCAGAAUCACUUUGCCGGAAUGGAGCACAAACGGUACGACUGUUUGGUCACGUUAUAUCACGUGGUCAAUGAGAGUACUGUAUGCUUAAUGGGACACGAGCGACGGCAGACUUUAAAUCUUAUCUCAAUGCUGGCGCUAAGGGUGCUCGCCGAACAGAACGCCAUCCCUACAGUUACCAACGUCACAUGUUAUUACCAGCCGGCGCCGUACGUGCGAGACAUCAACUUCAGUAACUACUACAUCGCUCACGUGCAGCCGCUGGUUCAUACAUGCAGUAGUUCCUAUCCGACGUGGCUGCCCUGCAACUGACACAGUCGACAUCAGCUCUCCUACAUCUCCAUGUGCUGGAAAUGAUAUGCAAGCAAGUGAAUAUAUAAACGUUUUUUUUUCCAUACUCAAAAAAAAAAAGGGACGUUCUGGAGGAGCUUUUUUUUAAACAAUGUCAAUAGAGCAUUCUUGGGACAGCGUCAAAAUUGGGAAGACUAAUUCUUACCACUGGUUAUCUUUUUAUUCGUUAAUUGUUUUGUAUGACAAUGUCACAGCCCAAAAUUAGGAAUGUUCCGAUCAAUCAGCCGAAGAACGGUAUCGGCCGAUAAUCACAUUUCAUGACUCCAUCGGUACUCACUAAUCUGGCCGAUCUCAUGAACCGAUCGCAGGUGUUUGUUUAAGAGUUUACAAGCAGAGGAAGACGCAUGUGUAUAUUAUACAUAUCCUACAGCAGCCACAUGUUUAUAUAUGGAGCCAGAUCUUAAAAAUAAUACAUUUACAAAAUAAAAAUCAUACAUCCACAACACCAUUCACAUUUACAAAAUCCAAUUUGUAAAUUCAAAACACGUUUCAACAAUACACAAAAUCCAAUUCAUUAAUUAAAAAAAGCGAUUCAAAAAUUCACAAAUCAAAUUUGUAAAUAUGAAAAAAUAUUUUUAAAAAUAUGCAAAUUCAAAUCAUAAAUUCAAAACACGAUUCAAAAAUACACAAAUGCAAUUCGUAAAUUCAAAACACGAUUAAAAAAUACACAAAUUCAAUUCGUAAAUUCAAAAGUACACAAAUCCAAUUCGGAAAUUCAAAACACGAUUCAUAAAUAUGCAAAUCCAAUUUGUAAAUUCAAAACACGAUUUAUAAAUAUGCAAAUCCAAUUCGUAAAUUCAAAACACGAUUUAUAAAUAUGCAAAUCCAAUUCGUAAAUUCAAAACACGAUUCAUAAAUACACAAACCCAAUUCGUAAAUUCAAAACACGAUUAAAAAAUACACAAAAAUAAAUUCGUAAAUUCAAAACACGAUUCAUAAAUAUGCAAAUCCAAUUUGUAAAUUCAAAACACGAUUCAUAAAUAUGCAAAUCCAAUUCGUAAAUUCAAAACACGAUUCAAAAAUACGCAAAUACAAGUCAUAAAUUCAAAACACGAUUAAAAAAUAUGCAAAUCCAAUUCGUAAAUUCAAAACACGAUUCAUAAAUAUGCAAAUCCAAUUCGUAAAUUCAAAACACGAUUCAAAAAUACGCAAAUACAAUUCGUAAAUUCAAAACACAAUUAAAAAAUACACAUUCAAUUUGUAAAUUCAAAACACGAUUCAAAAAUACACAAAUCCAAUUCGUAAAUUCAAAACACAAUUAAAAAAUACACAUUCAAUUUGUAAAUUCAAAACACGAUUCAUAAAUAUGAAAAUCCAAUUCAGUGAAAAUAUUUAUGAUUUUUACUUGUAUUCACGAAUUGUGUUUACAGAUGUACUGUGCAUAUAUCAAUUUUAGUUUGUAAAUGUAUUAUUUUUCAGACUGAUCUGGCUCCAUAUUUAUACAGUUUAAAAGUGCUUCUGUCUUCUGUUCACAUCUAAAUGAUUAUAACAGACAUGUUUAAGAUAUUAUAUGCGGCAUCUUUCAGUUAUUUUCUUAGGUAAGACGAGAUCUACUCUUAAGGUUCAUACUUUGCUUAAUGUAUUAUAAAGCUUGAAGCAUUAGAAUCGGUACUCCGUAUCGGCCGAUCACCAUGAAAAGGAAUCGGCACUCGGUAUCGCCUGCAAAAAUCCUGAUCAGAGCAUCCCUACCAAAAAUAUUAGUAAAUUCAAUUAAAAUAUUUUUAAAGAUAAGUGUGCAGUUUACAUAGUUCAAGUAUUGUUGAGGUGUUUCCCCAUUAAUUAAAACACCCCGUAAAUAUAAUAAAGUGAAUUCUGGAAUUUGUCUUCCGGGUUUUGAUGCCUCGACUGUAGCACUCUAUUGUUCUUGUGCUAAAUGUGACGUAUAUUAGAAUGACUGUUCACUGCUGUAUGUCUGAUUUGAGCCUAUUCUUACGUAUUCUGUGAGCGAAGAUCUUUUUCACAUGUAGCAGGAAAAAAAAACACUUUGGUUUUUUUUUUCUCUCUCAAAGUCAUGAUAGAUUCAGUUAAACUGUUGCAGGUUAUGUAAGUGGGGAGAGAAGGCCGUGUUCUGUAUUGUGAAGCUAUAUGUUUUUUUUUUUUUUUCCCAGACUGUGGUUUCAAUCAACCUCUGUUUUACUUGUUUUUUUUUAAGGACCAAAGAUAUUUUAUUUUCGUUGUUAAGAAAGGAAUGUUUGCUGUUGUAAUUCCAAGUGCCUAAAAACAUUGUACAAAAAAGUGAGACCUGUGCUCUCUAAAAAACGUUUUCUGUCUCCUUGUUAAUUGUAAAACUCUAUUUUCAGGGAUGGAGGCAUGUAUUUCCAUGUGAUUAAAAAAAGCACAAAACUCA